AUGAAGAUUGCUAUCAUUGGAGCAGGCAUCUCCGGAUGCGCCGCCUAUCUGCAGCUCCAGAAACACCUCCCCGGAUCCCACACAAUCACCAUCUACGAAUCUCACGAUACCAGCAAGGAUCGCAAAUUCGACGCGUCCAAGGGUAGCCAAGAAGAGGAUGCUACGCAUUCAUCUACUCUGAUUGUCGGCGGCGGUCUAGGUAUUGGGCCGAAUGGUUUGCAUGUUCUCAAGCGUCUCGACGAGGAUCUCCUCCGCGACAUUGUCCGGGGUGGCUAUGUAGUUCCGCACGGAAAUCUCAAAAGCAAGCACGGCCGUCUCCUUAUACGUAUGGACAAUUCUGCUCCAGGCGUGGGAGAUGAGCCGCCGAUGCACAUGGUCGGUUGUAGUCGCGAAUGGCUAUGGCGGUGUCUGCGCGCGCGGAUCCCGGACGGGGAUAUAGUGACGAAGCGUGUGGAACGGGUCGUCGCCAGUCCUGAUCACCGGAAUACCAUCUACUUCAAAGACGAAAGCCCGUCUGUCGAAGCGGAUCUGGUGAUUGGAGCCGAUGGAAUCAAAAGCGUAGCUAAACGGGCUCUGUUCCCAGAGGCGGAGGAGGACCCGUUUCCUCCUCAUUAUGAGGGUGUCUGCGGAAUUGGUGGCUUCCUGCCGUCCAGCGAGGUCAAAGAUCUUGUUGAGAAAGGAUCCAUGAACUUCAUCUUCGGCGGAAAUGGCUUCUUUGGCUACUUCUUCAGCACCAGUUCGUCGAUCGCUGCGCACCGGGACUCGCCGCACCAUGUCUCUGAGCCGGGUGAUCUUCUUGCCUGGUGGUCGACGUAUUCUGUCGAUGAGUGCCCCGACCCCAACCUGGACAUGGAUGAUGUCCUUCAGCAGCUGCAAAAGCGACAUGAACACUGGGGAGAUCCCGUCGUGCAAAAGGUUCUCAAGUCAGCACGCGUGAAGAGUAUCUAUCCGACCUGGACAUCGCCACAGCUACCGACGUGGGAGCGGGACGGCGUAGUCUUGGUGGGGGACGCGGCACAUGCGCUGCCGUCAAGCUCGGGGCAGGGAUCGUCCCAGGCACUGGAAGAUGUAGAGUCGUUUGCGAAGCUUUUGAGUUACUUCCUUGGCAAGGCGGACGACAGUGACAGUAGUGUCCGCGAGUGCAAGGAGGCAGUCAAGUUAGCUGCCAAGCAGUACAUGGAUCUACGCCGACCGCGGGUUCAGGCCAUCCUCGACGACGCGAGAAAGAGACAAAGCAAAAAGCGGGAUAUGGGGGUGAUCGAGGAGUACUUGAUGUAUUCAAUCAUGUGGAUUAUGGGCUUCUUUCCGAGCGUGAUGAACAGUUUCGCGCAGCAGGUCUUUUCAUAUAAUGUUGCCGAGCAUGUGGACCAAGUGAUUGCCGAGAUGGAUGCAUCCAGGCAUUGA